AAGACAAUAAAUUUGUGGUAAUUUAGUAUGUAGAAACAGAAAAUUAAUAGUCUCAAUAGAUAGGCACAUAACUUUUUUAAUUUGAAUUUAUGAACUUGUGUUCAAUUACUUGCAUGAAAUAAAAUCUUUCCUAACUCUUUUAGUAUUUUUAAGUUUAUGAUUUUUAGGUGAUUCAAUUUUACUGCAAACAUAUUCACUCAUUCAUUCAACAAUAAUUAACUUAGUCCUAUUAAGUACCAGGUAUGCCUUUCCACUCUGGGGAUACAAUUUUCACCAAAAUAGCCCAAAGCCCCUGUGUUCAUGCCCCUUACCUUCCAGAGGCUUUACAAGAGUGAGGUCAACCCUUUGGAGCUUUUUUAGUGAAAAAUGACAGAAUCUAACUCUCAGCAACAGACUGGUGACCACUGUGAGGGAGAGCAGUCAUGAGCACUAGGUGAGGGGACAAAGCUAGUGCCAUGGUUCAUGAGUCAGAGAUGGUGGGACUAAAGGAAGAAGGGGCCUAAGGGAUGAGAGGGAGCACAGAUACAUGUCCAUAUGCAGCACUAGGAACUGAGGGAUGAGAGGGACGAGCAAGAGCUAGAGAAGCAGGAGGUGAGGAACAGGAGCAGAGGGAAAGAGUUGUAAAGCAGCUGAGUUCCCGCAUUUAAAUACAGUGUUUUGUGGAUAUUUAAUACAGAGUCUAGAAGGGUGCUCUUUUCUUUUGGUAAUUAAUUCAUUUGUGGGGCUGCCUAAGAGCUAAUCGCCUACUAGUGUGAAUUAGGUUAAAAAAAAUACCAAGUGUCCCCUGCAAAAUAUGCACACAGCUCAGAUGUGAAUAAUUCAUAAAAGCAGGCAUUGCAGGAGCACUGGAGAAGGGAAUUCUGACUGAGCGCAGCGCAGCUUUGAAGUGAUUAAAGUCCUCCAACUCCUGGUUGAAAUACACAGUAACAAAUUGUGCUUCUUUGUAUGAGGAGAUGUCCUGCACUCACAAGCACAGACUAAGGACUAUGGAAUAAAGAUAAUUUUAAAAUACAUCAACUCAGAGUCCAAGAUACAUAGUCCGGGAAAGUAAAAACUAGGGAACUUUGUGAAUUAACUGCAAUGCGUUCAGACACAUUGCUCUAUCAAGGGACCAACAUCACUUCUGUUACAGAUUAGAUUCCUGAUCAUUCAGGGGUUACCUAGAUUGUGCUACCUACUCUAGUUAAAAGCAAGAAGGAAACUGGCCUCUAUGAGAGUCUCUGUCAGGUGUGAAAACCAACAUCUCUACACUUCCAGUCCCAGGCCGAGAUCACUCUGGCGUCAAGUUUCCUGGGGUGAGUUUUGUUCUAGAAGAGUCCAGGUGGAGAGGAAAGGAGUGGGAAGGAGUCCAGUUCAGGGAGAGGAUUCAGGUCUGGAAAGCCUGGGGAUCAGACAGCUCCUGGGUCAGGAUUCUGGAGAUGGCGUGAAGAACAGUACUCAGUGCAGGAGAAGAAGGGUCAGAGCAAUGUCCCAGGUUUCGGGCGUGGAAUCUCAGGGUCUCUCCCCCGAGGGCGGUAUCGGGGGUGGGGAAGCUCAGAGCUAGGGAUUACCGGUCUCCCAGUGCUUCAGUUCUCCUUCCUCCAACCCUGGUCAGGUCUUUGUUCCUGGGUACUGCUGACGUAACACCACUUCUCACUCCCAUUGGGUGUCGUUUUCUAGAUAAGCCAAUCAGCGUUGCCGCGGUUCCCGGUUAAGUCUCUGCAGAGCUACGCAGACUCCAGCAUGGGAGUCACAGCUUCCAGAACCCUACCCCUGCUGCUGUGGGUGACCCUGGUCCUGACCGAGACCUUGGCGGGCUCCCACUCCAUGAGGUAUUUCAGUACCUCCGUGUCCCGGCCCGGCCGCGGGGAGGCCCAGUACAUCGAAGUGGGCUACGUGGACGACACGCAAUUCGUGCGGUUCGACAGCGACGCUGAGAAUCCGAGGGUGGAGCCGCGGGCGCCGUGGGUGGAACGGGAGGAGCCAGAGUAUUGGGACGAGGAGACGCAGCGCGUCAAAGACCUCACACAGAAUUUCCGAAUGAACCUGGAGACUCUGCGCCGCUACUACAACCAGAGCGAGGACGGGUCUCACACCCUCCAGUUGAUGUAUGGCUGCUACGUUGGGUCGGACGGGCGCCUCCUCCACGGGUACUGGCAGUACGCCUACGACGGCGCCGACUACAUCGCCCUGAACCAGGACCUGCGCUCCUGGACCGCGGCGGACAUGGCGGCUCAGAUCUCCCAGCGCAAGUUGGAGGCGGAAGGUGCAGCGGAGAGACACAGGACCUAUGUGGAGGGCACGUGCGUGGAAUGGCUCCACAAAUACCUGGAGAACGGCAAAGACACGCUGCAGCGCGUGGAUCCCCCAAAGGCAUAUGUGACCCACCACCCCAUCUCUGACCAUGAGGCCACCCUGAGGUGCUGGGCCCUGGGCUUCUACCCUGCGGAGAUCACACUGACCUGGCAGCAGGAUGGGGAGGACCAGACCCAGGACACCCAACUUAUAGAGACCAGGCCUUCAGGGGACAACCGAACCUUCCAGAAGUGGGCUGCUGUGGUGGUGCCUUCUGGAGAGGAGCAGAGAUACACGUGCCAUGUGCAGCAUGAGGGGCUGCGGGAGCCCCUCACCCUGAGAUGGGAGCCACCUUCCCUUCCCUUGGCCAUCAUUGCUGGCAUGGUUCUACUUGGAACUGUGCUCAUGGGAGCUGUGGUUGCUGCUGUGAUGUGGAGGAAGAAGAACUCAGGUGGAAAAGGAGGGAGCUACUCUCCAGCUGCAAGUAUGGACAGUGCCCAGAGAUCCUGUGUGUCUCUCACAGCUUGUAAGCCUGAGACAGCUGCCUUGUGUGGGACUAAGUGUUCACAUCUCCCCUUCGUGACAUCAGGAGCCUCUGACUUCUCUUUCUGCAGAUGUUUCUGAAUGACUCUUCAUCCCUCUUUGCCUAAUGUGAGGAGGUGGGGAGACCAACAUAGCACCAUGUCCACCAUGACCCCUUCUCCUACAUUGACCUAUGUCCCUUCCUGAUUAUUUUUCCUAUUACAGAAAAAUAGGGGAGAGAUGGGGUUGGGAUGUCUCCAUCCCUAUCUCAACUUAAUAGUACACUGUGCUGCUUCUCUACUGAAAUUAAGAAUUUGAAUAUAGGCUCAGUACCUGUUUCUCAAGCAGCUAAGGCGCCAGCCACAUACACCUGAGCUGGCGGGUUCAAAUCUAGCCCCAGGCCCACGGAACAACAAUGACGGCUGCAACCAAAAAAUAGCCGGGCAUUGUGGCGGGCGCCUGUAGUCCCAGCUACUAGGGAGGCAGGGGCAGGAGAAUCGCUUGAGCCCAGGAGUUGGAGGUUGCUGUGAGCUGUGAUGCCACGGCACUCUACCCAGGGAGACUCUGUCUCAAAAAAUAAUUUGAAUAUUUGUUUUCUCAAAUUCUUCCAAUGAGAGGGGCAAGAGAGGAAAUAAAAGGAAGAUCUGAGAAUCUUCCAGAAUCUGAGUUUGCUGUCCUGAGUCUUUUGCAGGUGGAGAUGAGAGAAAACUGUGAGGAGCCAAGUAUGGACAGAUGUCCUGUAUCUGGCAGACAAACCUCUCACACUGGCAUCAAUGCUGCCUGUGCUUUUCUCCCCAGGGCUGUGUGUGCCCUCCUUUAAUACCACCACCACCCCGUGAGUGAGGGGGGCCUGUGUCCAGUUGGCGCUCAGUCCAUCAUGGGCUCUCUGGUCAUUCCUUGGCAGGGUCUUCUUCACUGCUCCACUGUCCCAUGUCCCUUCAGUAAAACCUUGUCCCAAACUCCAGUAAGAUUAGCCCAUAUCACAAAAUCCCAAGACCAGAGAUGUUGGCGUGGAUGUGGAGAAAAGGGAACACUUCUACACUGCUGGUGGGAAUGCAAACUAAUACAUUCCUUUUGGAAAGAUGUUUGGAGAACACUUAGAGAUCUAAAAAUAGACCUGCCAUUCCAUCCUACAAUUCCUCUACUAGGUAUACACAGAACACCAAAAAUCACAUUAUAACAAAGAUAUGUGUACCAGAAUGUUUAUUGCAGCCCAAUUCAUAAUUGCUAAAUCAUGAAGAAGCCCAAGUGCCCAUCGAACCACGAAUGGAUUAAUAAAUUGUGGUAUAUGUACACCAUGGAAU